ACACCUGUGACAUCAAGAUCAAGGAAGGAGACAGACCGGUGUGGGAGAAGCAGCUGUUUUUUUCCCUAUUUCCCGGCCUAGGAGAGUGACGUGGGCUGCAGGGGCCAUGAGCUUCACCAAACAUGUUCAGUUCGUGGCCAGGACGGUGCUGGUGAAGAACAAUAACGUGGACGAGGGCAUGAGGACCAUCAAUAAAAUAAUGGCGAAGGAGGGUCUCUUUGAGCGGUACAGACUUACAAGAUACUAUGAAAAGCCGUUUCAGACUCGACGACGCAUCAACUAUGAGAAGGCAAAGGCCAUAUACAACGAGGACAUGGACCGCAAGAUACAGUUUGUCAUGAGGAAGAACCGCCUUGACCCCUGGGUGGGGUGUGCGUGAUGAUCCUCAGCCGCUGCCGAGGCCUCGGGCAAUUGCACCUCUGCUGCUUGUGGAGGGAGUGUGGCAAACAGUGACUGGUUGGUGUGCACAGUAGUUUGAUGGGUUGGUGCACAGUAGUCAUGGCAGAGGGGGAAUGCAUUAACAUAUUUCUUUUGUUAUGUCAGUUCUUAUGUAAAUAUUUUGCUGUCGUGAAUGUAAGUAGUAUAUACAGGAAGAGUAAAAGACAAAUUCAAUAAAUAUUUUAUAUUACAAAGUUGACUGGAAGACUAUACAUGUUUCAGUUAUCACACUGAGGAUCCACAAAGCAGCAACUUAGGAUACUGUGUGCAAGGUUAUAAUCUUAACAGCAAGUCUUACGACUCCAAUGAUGUGUACGACAUAAGCUGUUGAUAUAGAUGUUCAAGAAUAAUAUUUUAAAGGCAUAUUUAUCAGAUAUUACAAUUUCCCUUAAAAUAUAUUCAACCUUGUAUUGAAGAAAAAACUAAGGUUCAUAAAGCUGUCAUCAGGUAAAGGUCUAGAAAAAAUAAAAAUUUACUGUGAGCAAAUAAUGACCAGUAAGUAAAGUAUUAGCAUUUACUCUCCUCAAGGAUAUUGAAGAAUCAAAUAAUUCUAGGAACUACAGUUGAUAUUUAAUUUAGUCAUUCAGUGUUAGUAUGUGUUAUCCACUGGUUCUGUGGUGCAUUGAGGCUCAGGAAUGAGGAUGAAAUCAUACUUGCAUGCUUUAUACCAACAAGGAGUAGUAUGGUGUGUAGGAUGCUGUCAGAUAGCCACUGAAGAAGGUUAAAGUGUCACUGUCAUCACCCCUGAUCUUGCUUUCCACAGACAUCAGGUGGGGCAGCAUAAAAGAUGUAAACGUGACCAUUUUGAUUAGUUUUGGGCAAAAAGUAAUAGAGAAAGGGUCCCAAUCCCCUUUUUGUCACCUUUUAUGACAUUCAGUGGAAGAUGGAGACAAGUUUCAGAGUUAAAGGUGUACAACUUGAUAUUGGUACAUACAGAUUUUGUUAUAAUUAAGAUAAAAGUUUGCUGUUUGCUAAGAACUUGCAGUGGGUUUACUGUUUGUGGCCACCUUGUUGGUUCAGGACUCAUUAAUGAGAUGCAGAUCAUAGUGAAAGUCUGAACUUGUAUCGAUAUGCAAAGUUGUUGAGCACUUGAUAUUUCAAAUGCAUUGAAUGAAAGUAAGAUUUGUUUCUUCUCUAAGCUAUUCUUAAGCAAGCCUUAAUGAGUGGCAAAUGCAGCUAAGUAUAAGCAGUUG